GGGCACUGGGUCAUCAGGCAUUGGAUCGUCUGGCUCGACAGCGGGCAUCGGGUCACCAGGCAUGACAGCGGGCACUGGGUCAUCAGGCAUUGGAUUGUCUGGCUCGACAGCGGGCAUCGGGUCACCAGGUAUGACCGCGGGCACUGGGUCAUCAGGCGUGAUAGGAUCAUCAGGCUGGAUCAGUUCAUCAGGCUGGGUACAGACAUCAGGCUGGGUACAGACAUCAGGCUGAAGUGCGGGUGCCGAGGCACCAGGCUGAACCACGGAAGGCAGGUUCUCAGACGGCAGGCUCACCGGUUUGGAUACUGGCAGGAUGGUACUGGUUGGAAAGAAUUUCCGCUUUUUUCUGGUUUUAACUACUGGG